AUGUCUGUCGAACAACAGCAUCUGUCCAGCGCCUUCAUCUCUGCCGCCGUUUCCGCCCUCCAGACCGCCAGGAUCCCAGUAGUCACCUCCCACCCCGACUGCCAAAAAGCUGUGCUCGCUAACCCGACGGCUUCCGAUUUGGUGCCCCUGCCCACCGGGCCGCCACUGAAGGCCUACACCUUCGCCCUACCUGUAACCAGAAUGCCCAGUCCAGGCUGCCUUUGCAAAACCAUGCCAACCUCCCCUUGCCAAGGCAACGGCUCCACCCUCACCCUUGAACACCUCACAUUCAACCAUCUGUGUAAUACCUCUCCCGGCGUGUUGGAAGACCUCUCCCGCAUCAAUCCUCACAAGUCUGAUAGUCGCCAUCUCCAGGCCCAACGUCAACCUUCCCUUCGGCCGCUCACCGCGCGGCCUCAACCCCACCCAGACUCAGAUCGGGGUUGGCAAAAACACCACAAACAGAAGCUCCGCCACUACUUCAACACACUUGCCCAACACCCCCUCUCCUCCAAUCGUCGAGAAUUGUUUCAGACCGGCGGCAGCGGCGGGAAAUUGAUGUCGAAUAUCAUGAGGGAAGCUACCAAGAUUGUCCAGGACGACUUCCAGCGCGAGCGCAAGCUUCUCAUUUGGCCACCUCAAGAAUCCAAGAUUGAACGGCCAUACAUCCGUUGCCGUCCCCGCUACAUCGUUGGCCACCCCAGCCAAGCACCCAGAGCCAAAGGAGAGCGAGAGUUUAUCAGUCCAUGCGGCCAGCCCUCCUCAGCCCGCGAGAUCUGGGUCGUUUCAUCGCCCCCAGCGCUGCUGCAGGAGCCCAUCCGGCCAAUUCCACUGAGCCCGACUCUCAACGAGUUUUCAAGCAUCCGGACCCGCAAGGCGUUAGAGGAGGAGCUCGGGCUGAGCGCAGGGGACACUGAGGCCGUGAAGCGGCGCACCAGCACUUCGAAGGCGUGCUCGGAUAGAAAUGUGCAUUGA